AUGAGCAUACAGCGACUUGGCCUUGAUGCCAUGAGAGGCAUCGGACGACCAAGAGCCUUCUUCAAUAAGGGCAUCCCGAAGUUGGCUGCGGCCCGUCUGUUGUCCCAGCAAGCAAGAGAACGCCCAGCGAUUGUUCACCUGAACCAGAAACAAGGCCACGACAUUCUCGUCAAACAACGCCUCAACCGUCCCGUCACUCCAAACCUCACAAUCUAUAAAGUCGGACAAAUCUGGUUUAGUGCAUCAGCAUGGACUCGAAUAACAGGCCUCGCUGUAGGGGGUACAGCUUACCUGACUCUUUGCGCCCAUGCCGUGGCUCCUUACCUUGGAAUGGGAUUUGACUCUGCUGCUUUGGUAUCGGCUUUCGGCGCACUGCCUUUCGCUAUCAAGGCCGCAAUCAAAUUUGGCCUAUUGGGGUUUCCGUUUACAUAUCAUUUUGUCAAUGGUAUUAGACACUUGGUGUUUGAUCUGGGAUUUGGAUAUAAGAAGGCUCAGUUUAAGAAGUCAGAGGCAGCUACGUGGAUACUGAGUAUUCUUGGUGGUCUUGUCUUGGCCUUCUGGAUCUAG